GGCCAUACCAGGUGCCACUCGCCCACUCGGUGCCACAGGAGGGGGUAUAGUCUCCCGCCAUGAAGUAAAGAGUGAGGCAGGAUGGGGAGUGGUGCCAGCAAAGAAGGCCUGGAAGGCGAGCCCCUGGAGACGGUAGAUGUCCACACCGGCGGCAUCAACUGCAUGUCACUUUCCGAGGACAGCUCCCUCCUGGUGACCGGCUCAGACGACAAGACCGUCCGUAUGUGGAGCACCAAGACGGAGCCUAUCGAGGACUUGGGUGUGUUGGACAGUAACACCAAGGGGAUCAUGGACCUGGGUGUUCUCACGGGCCACACGAGCUUCAUCCAGUGCGCUGUCGUGUAUGAUACCUACGUCAUCACGGGGUCUAAGGACACUACCAUUAAGAGAUGGGACAUGGCAAGCGCUGACUGCGAGUUUACAUAUGAAGGUCACACGGGCCGCAUUAACCGCCUCAUCUGCACAGGAGAGUUUAUCUUCAGUACGUCACAUGACAAGACCGCACGGGCGUGGCUCUUUGAUACUGAAGAUGUGGAUGACCCAACUGAUGCCUGUAUCCGUGUGCUAGAGGGACACACCAGUGUAGUAUCACCUCUCAUCUUCAUCCCGGGUCAUGAUACGGGUAUACCGGACGAGAAUGGUCUUAACAUCAACCCUGGGGAUCUGAUCGUGACUGCCAGCUUCGACAACACUGUCAAAGUUUGGUCCUUCGAUACUGGGGCCUGUCUGAAGACCUUGAAGGGUCAUAGAAAACCCAUCACCUGUAUGGACACUGAUCCUAAAGGCCGCAUCCUCUAUACAGCGGGGCAAGACAGGUGUAUAAUCGCCUGGGACAUUAACAUGGGCAAAAAAAUGAAGGUAGUUGAGGACGCACACACGGGAGCUAUCCUGUACUUGAGGGUGGUGAACCGCUUGAUGUACACGUCGGGGACAGACCACACGGCUAAGUGCUGGGUGAGGGAGGGCUUGGAGAACACCCGGACAUACAAGGACCACACCGAUAGCGUCGCCUGUGCCAAGUUCCAUAACGGCAUCUUAUACACAGUCUGCAAUGAUGGGUUCGUGAGGGCCUUCGACGCUAAGAGUGGCGCCCUCAAACGCAAGUACAAGGGCCAUGAGAACGCUGUGACGUGUUUGACUGUGUGUGUCAACGAGUACGAGGGACAGGUCUACACGAGGCUCAUGACAGGGGGUAAUGACUCGACUGUGAGGGUGUGGAAUGCUACUGAUCUUAGUGACAAAAUCCCAUUAAUACAACAACCUGUAGACCGUGACUACACCAGAGUUCAGAGCAAACGCCUAGACGAACUCAACCAACACCUGGACGACUACAUGCCCGACGAUUCUCUGAACAAGUCGUCUGGGCAAACUGUUCCUGGUGGCAUCAAGAACAAUCUCGACGACUCAGAUCUCAAUAUUAUCGAUGCUGACUAAUUAAACUGUUUGUUGUCGACGAGGAUAACAAGGCUGGUAUAGUUGUUGUUAAGGAUGUGUAGGGAAGGUUAAUUCAAAUCAGAAAUAAGAAUGAGGACAAGUCACGUAGGGUCGAAUAAAGGAAGAGAAAUAGAAGAUAAUGAUAUUGAAUGACACACUACGAGGAAUAAGCAACAUCCCACUAGAAAUUAUAAUGAUAAUGUAAAUAGUGAAAAUAAUAAUGAUAUUAAACAAUUGAAUAACUAAAGCAAAUCAUGAUAGAUAAGGAUAUAAAUGAUAAUGUAACUAGUGAAGGAAAUUACGAUAAUAAUAAUAAUAAUAAUAAUAAUAAUAAUAAUAAUAAUAAUAAUAAUAAUAAUAAUAAUAAUAAUGCUUUGUAAAUUAUGUAAGUACAGUCCUAUUAAGUAGAAUGAAACGCUUUAGUUAUACCAUACAGUGCCUUAAUACAGUGCAUCUGUACAUUGUAACCACACACCUGUACUUCAUUAACCCUACCUGUAAAUUACGAACUUUUUAUGUGAGGUCACGAGAGGUCACCAAUGUGUCCGCCAGGUGAGGUUACGGAGACACAUGUUAUAUCAGAUGUGUCGUUGACUAUGUAUCUUCGUCAACAGCUGGUAGGGUUAUGUGUCAUGUCGAUAUUGGUACUGUAGUAGGCUGGCCAGGAUACAUAGACUGAUAGUGUGGUAGGAUGGCCAGGAUACAUAGACUAACACUGUGGUAGGAUGGCCAGGAUACAUAGACUAACACUGGUAGGCUGGCCAGGAUACAUAGACUGAUAGUGUGGUAGGAUGGCCAGGAUACAUAGACUAACACUGUGGUAGGAUGGCCAGGAUACAUAGACUAACACUGUGGUAGGAUGGCCAGGAUACAUAGACUGAUACUGUGGUAGGAUGGCCAGGAUACAUAGACUAACACUGGUAGGCUGGCCAGGAUACAUAGAUCGCUUCAUUUGUUACACCAUGCUAGUCAUCACAGAGGGACAGGAACUGAUGUGUCUUGUAUAGAUGACCUGAAGAAUAACCACCCCAGGUUAUUUCACCUGAAGUCUUAUUACCUAACCUAACCUAACCUAACCUAACCUAACCUAAUUUAACCUAA